GAUUCCCUGAGCGAACUGGACAUACUGCUGGCCGGGCCUCCUGCCACACCUUUCGCAGCAGGCGUAUGGAAGCUACAUCUGUCUAUACCGCCUCAAUACCCACAGCAGCCUCCAACAGCCAACUUUCGAACCCCAAUCUUCCAUCCCAAUGUUGAUCCCCAAUCCGGCGGCGUCUGCGUAGAGACACUCAAACGCGACUGGGACAGCAAGUUGACACUGCGAGACAUCCUGGUCACAAUAUCAUGCUUGCUCAUCUACCCAAACCCAGACAGUGCGCUCAACGCUGAGGCUGGCGCACUUAUCCAGGAAGGCUUCGAGGCAUUUGCUCGGAGAGCCGAACUCAUGACCAGCAUUCAU